AUGACGCGGUGGCGGUUACCCCGAGGCGCGGCCAAGCUGACCAUCAUUGGCAAUUGUACCGCCGCCAGGUGCAUUAUCAGCGGGGAAGGCGCCUACCCCGUAUUCACCUCCCCCUCGUCCAACCCCCCUGGGGGGGUGUUGACUCUGGUCAACCUCAACUUCCAGCGGGCGGCAGGAGGCGUCUUUUUCAACGUGCAGACAGCGAUCAACGCGAGCAAAUGCGGAUUUGUCAGGAACAUGGCUCCUAGUGGAGGGGUGCUCAGUGCGUGUGGUGCAUGUGAGAGUGCGUGUGGUGCAUGUGAGGGUGCGUGUGGUGCAUGUGAGGGUGUGUGGUGUGCAUGUGAGAGUGUGUGUGGUGCAUGUGUGAGUGUGUGUGGUGCAUGUGAGAGUGUGUGUGGUGCAUGUGAGGGUGCGUAUGGGGCCUGA